UACCUUGUCACAAGGACAGAGGGCUUUCUGUAUCCCGGGUCCUUGCUCGGUGUACCGGAAGAAUUGGAUCACACCUGGGCUUAGAGAAUGAGUGCAAGGUUUUAUUAAGUGGAGAUAGCUCUUGGCAGAUGUUGGAAGCCAGAAGAGAGUGCAGUUGGAAGGUUUUCUCCUGCAGUCGGGCCACUGAGCAGCCCAGGACCCCCUUCGACGGUCCCAGCCAAACUCCGCGUCGUUCUGCUGGUCAGUGGCCUGCUGGCAUGCCAGUGCCUGCUGAUGUGCUCCUCUGGACGUCCAGCCGCCUGUGUGUUCCUCCACCGAUGUGAUCCUCUCCACGUCCGGCUACCUGUGUGUCUUCCUGCUAAGGUCAGCACCUCAUCUAUGGACACUUUACCAAAGCAAGUGAAAAUUGUGGAAGUUGGUCCCCGAGACGGUCUACAAAAUGAAAAGAAUAUCGUAUCUACUCCAGUGAAAAUCAAGCUGAUAGACAUGCUUUCUGAAGCAGGACUCUCUGUUAUAGAAGCAACCAGCUUUGUGUCUCCUAAGUGGGUUCCCCAGAUGGCUGACCAUGCUGAAGUCUUGAAGGGCAUUCAGAAGUUUCCUGGCAUCACCUACCCAGUCCUGAUCCCCAAUUUGAAAGGCUUCGAGGCAGCGGUUGCUGCUGGAGCCAAGGAAGUCAGCAUCUUUGGAGCUGCCUCAGAGCUUUUCACCAAGAAGAACAUCAAUUGUUCCAUAGAGGAGAGUUUUCAGAGGUUUGACGCGAUCUUGAAGGCAGCACAAUCAGCCAAUAUUUCUGUGCGGGGGUACGUCUCCUGUGUGCUUGGCUGCCCUUAUGAAGGGAAGAUCUCCCCAGCUAAAGUAGCUGAGGUCACCAAGAAGUUCUACUCAAUGGGCUGCUACGAGAUCUCCCUGGGGGACACCAUUGGUGUGGGCACCCCAGGGAUCAUGAAAGACAUGCUGUCUGCUGUCAUGCAGGAAGUGCCUCCGGCUGCCCUGGCUGUCCACUGCCAUGACACCUAUGGCCAAGCCCUGGCCAACACCCUGAUGGCCCUGCAGAUGGGAGUGAGUGUCGUGGACUCUUCUGUGGCAGGACUUGGAGGCUGUCCCUAUGCACAGGGGGCAUCAGGAAACUUGGCCACGGAGGACCUGGUCUACAUGCUAGAGGGCUUGGGCAUUCACACGGGUGUGAAUCUCCAGAAGCUUCUGGAAGCUGGGAACUUUAUCUGUCAAGCCCUGAACAGAAAAACUAGCUCCAAAGUGGCUCAGGCUACCUGUAAACUCUGAGCCCCUUGCCCACCUGAAGCCCUGGGGAUGGUAUGGAAAUAGGUGCACACACAGAUGAUCCAUGGAUGGGAACACGGAAAUGAGAAUGAGGUUAAAUGGUGCAGGUACCUCACAGCCAGCUCUACACAGAGGUCUCUCCUGGCAGAAAGCAGGUGAGGGGCAGGAGGAGCUGCUUGGCAGCAGGACCCCCUGCCCAGACCUGAGUAGGAGCAAGAGGCUUUGAGGGCUGAAGUCUCCCUUCAUUAUGGACCCUGGCCCAGGAGUUGAAUCCCUGAGGACAUGUGGGAACCCCAUUCCCUACUUGGCAUGAUCCUUGAGUCUCCUCUCUGGAUGGAAUCUGUGAGCUGGCCACCUGGCCGCCCUCUACACAGCUCCACCCUGCCAUGGCCUUGGGGCCCUUGCUCUCUGACUUCUCAGGACACAGGUCAUGGGGCUUCUUCCCAAGCUGGCAGAGACCAUUUGUGGAAAGUGGAGAGCUUCGUGCUGGCCAUCUGCCAACUCCAGCAUCUCUAGAAAAUCUCCACGCUGAAUGUGAUUUUUGAAAACAGCUUAUGUAAUUAAAGGUUGAAUGGCACAGAA